AUGGGGGCCGAGUUUCGCAGAAAGGGAGUCAAUGUACUUCUUGGUCCGGUCGUAGGUCCGGCCUGGCGCAUUGUGAAAGGCGGCCGCAAUUGGGAAGGCUUCUCGGCCGAUCCAUACUUGGCCGGCUCUCUUGUCGCCCAGGGCGUCCAGGGCGUCCAGUCGCAAAGAGUCAUAACCAGUACCAAGCAUUACAUCGCCAACGAGCAAGAGACCAACAGAGUACCAGAAGACGAUGUCGCUGCCGUCUCGUCCAAUGUUGAUGAUAGAACCAUGCACGAAUUAUAUCUCUGGCCCUUUCAAGAUGCCGUCAGGGCGGGCUCGGCCAACAUCAUGUGCUCGUACCAGCGCAUCAACAACUCGUACGGAUGCGGUAACAGCAAGACCUUAAAUGGCUUGCUCAAGACGGAGAUCGGCUUUCAGGGGUUCGUCGUGUCCGAUUGGGGGGCGCAGCAUACUGGCGUUCACGACGCUCUGGCUGGCUUAGAUAUGGGGAUGCCCUCUGCAAAAGGGUACUGGGAAUCUUUACUAGUGGAUGCGGUGAAGAAUGGCUCCGUUCCAGAAUCGAGAGUGAAUGACAUGGCCACCAGGAUCAUUGCGGCUUGGUAUCAAGUCCACCAAGAUACUGACUUUCCCGAGCCUGGCGUCGGUAUGCCUUCUAACUUGUUCGUUGACCACCCGAAAGUCGAGGGCAGAAGCCCCGACGCCAAUGCAAUCCUACUGCAGGGGGCCAUCGAAGGUCACGUUCUUGUCAAGAACGAGAGACAGACUCUGCCACUUCGAUCGCCGCGCAAAGUAUCCAUCUUUGGAUACUCUGCCAACACUCCCGAUUUCGCGCGACCCAUAGAAGGCGACAAGUUUCCAGCGUGGCAGGUCGGAUUGGCGCCAGUCUGGGGGCUCCCAAACCAAGAUCAAACCCCAAUCGGCUCACGCGGCACUCUAUGGGGUGCCGGUGGAUCAGGAGCCAUUACGCCAGCAACGUUUACCUCGCCUCAGACUGCGCUGGUUGAGAAGGCUGCUAAGGAUCGUUUCACGUUACUCCAGGACCUCACAUCUUCGUCGCCAGUGGUGGACCCAACGAGUGACGUGUGCAUUGUCUUUGGGAAUGCCUGGGCCACUGAAGGCCAUGAUCGUCCUGCCCUGCAAGAUGACUAUACAGACAACCUGAUCAAUCAGGUCGCGAAUCAGUGCAGCAAAACGAUAGUCGUCUUACACAACGCCGGGGUCCGUCUCGUCGAUGGCUUCGUCAACCACCCAAAUGUCACGGCAAUCGUCUUCGCCCAUCUUCCAGGAGCCGAAAGCGGCCAUGCCCUGACUUCAGUUCUCUGGGGCGAGGCGAAUCCCUCUGGCAAGCUGACUUACACCGUGGCCAAGCAAGAGUCUGACUACGGCGCCCUGUUGAACCCAACGCCCGCCAACGGCAGCAAAGACCCGCAGUCGAACUUUGACGAAGGUAUUUACACCGAUUACAAGCAAUUUGAGAAAAAUCGCGUCGUGCCCCGAUACGAGUUUGGGUUUGGACUCAGCUACACUAGAUACGACUACUCAAACAUUGCCAUCAACGGUCCCAGCGGCAACUGGGCCAGCGAGUGGCCUACCGGAAGGGUCGUCAGCGGCGGUCAGGAGGACCUUUGGGAGAUGAUUGCCACGGUGACAUUUACGCUCAAGAACGGCGGGCAUGCCGAUGGUGCCGAGGCCGCUCAGCUAUAUGUCCGCAUUCCCGGCAGCCGGGCCAAGCAGCUGCGUGGGUUUGAGAAGCCUUUUUUGGCUGCCGGACAGGGCACGCAGGUCUCCUUCGCAUUGACACGUCGCGAUUUGAGUAUUUGGAACACGGGUGCGCAGAAAUGGCAACUACAGCGAGGACAGUACGAGAUUUACGUGGGUCGGAGCAGCUCGAAGCUACCGCUCAAGACAUAUCUGACAAUCUGAGUGCGUGGGCCUGACCUGGUACGAGAGGAUUUAUUCUCAAUGGGCAGGAGAGGGUAUAUUUAAGUCAGCUGUGUAUUGGCGUGUAGUGGGCAUCAUUUACUCACAAGGAAAAGCAACGUCAAGGUUGUGUCCACG